UCAGGUACAGCAGCGCAUCACACACAGACUGCCAGAGAGAGAGAGAGAUCAGCAGAGGGAGAAGUAUUCAUAGCCUGAAGCGAGGCUGCAGCACAGAGAUAAGGCUUGGGACCAAGGUACACGCAGGUAGACACACGCAGGGCUUAAGGAAAACAGGACACGUCAAAAUGAAACAUUUGACUUGGCUAGUUUUAUUCGGGGCCGCAGUGGUCGCCGUGGUCAGCGCAGCCGGUACCGAGGCUGAGAUCUCCUUCGAGUACCACCGCUAUGAGGAGCUGCGGAAGGCGCUGGUGUCGGUGUGGCUGCAGUGCCCGACCAUCACCCGCAUCUACACCAUCGGGGAGAGCUUCGAGGGCCGCGAACUGCUGGUGCUGGAGAUGACCGACAACCCCGGGACGCACGAGCCUGGUGAGCCUGAGUUUAAGUACAUCGCCAACAUGCACGGCAAUGAGGCUGUGGGCAGAGAGCUGCUCAUCUACCUGGCUCAGUACCUGUGCAACCAGUACCAGCAAGGCAACGAGACCAUCAUCGACCUCGUCCACAACACCCGCAUCCACUUCAUGCCCUCCAUGAACCCAGACGGCUUCGAGAAGGCCGCUUCACAGCCUGGAGAGAUUAAGGACUGGUUUGUCGGCCGCAGUAACGCACAGGGGGUGGAUCUGAACCGUAACUUCCCUGAUCUGGACCGAAUCAUCUACAUCAACGAGCGGGAGGGUGGAGCCAAUAACCACCUGCUGCAGAACAUGAAGAAGGCUGUGGAUGAAAACACCAAGCUGGCUCCAGAGACCAAGGCAGUGAUCCACUGGAUCAUGGAUAUCCCCUUCGUCCUCUCAGCUAACCUGCAUGGAGGAGAUGUGGUGGCCAACUACCCAUAUGAUGAAACCCGCACUGGCUCUACCCAUGAGUACAGUUCCAGUCCAGAUGAUGUGAUGUUCAAGUCUCUGGCAAGGGCCUACUCCAUAUACAACCCAGUCAUGUCUGACCCUAACCGAGCUCCCUGCCGUAAGAACGAUGAUGACUCCAGCUUCAAAGAUGGCAUCACUAACGGAGGGGCCUGGUACAGCGUGCCAGGAGGAAUGCAGGAUUUCAACUACCUCAGCAGCAAUUGUUUUGAGAUCACUCUGGAGCUCAGCUGUGACAAGUUCCCCAAUGAGGACACACUCAAGUCCUACUGGGAGCAGAACCGCAACUCACUGAUCAACUACAUCGAGCAGGUUCACCGGGGUGUAAAGGGCUUUGUGCGUGACCUCCAGGGAAACCCCAUUUCCAAUGCCAGCAUUUCUGUGGAGGGCAUUGACCAUGACAUCACCACAGCCAAAGAUGGAGACUAUUGGCGCCUCCUGGCUCCAGGAAACUACAAAGUAGCAGCCUCUGCCCCAGGAUACCUGACUGUGAUCAAGAAGGUGGCUGUUCCCUACAGCCCUGCAGCCAGGGUGGACUUUGAGCUGGAGUCUCUGAUGGAGAGAAAGGAGGAGGAGCGGGAGGAGCUGAUGGACUGGUGGAAGAUGAUGUCGGAGACACUGAACUUCUAAAGCGCUUGUCUUGCUAAUAAUCGGACCGUCCGCACAUCGAUGUAAUAUAUUCAACAUUCUGUGUGCCCGUCCACUCUAAAAAAAGAAUAUAUUGUCUCUUUAUUUGUUUUGUUCUCUUUCGAUCAUUAUUUUAAUUGAUUAUUACUGUUUAUUAAUGGUUUGCCUCAUACUCCUGUAAGAUAUCCUGCAGAUAGAAACAUAUACUGACGGACACAGGAGGAAUUUACAGGUAGUUUGAGGGCAGUGAGAUCGGUGUUGAUUUCUGUGGUAUUGUGUUCUUUAUCGUACACGUGAUUUGGUAACCAUGGCACCCAUCUAUAUAACCAAUGAGUGACUGUGUAAUUAUGUGUGUAAAAGAGCUUUUUACAUCAUUACCACAUGGCUCUGUCCAAAAUAAUUCAUACUUUUUUUCCUGUUUUAAUUUUCUCUGUUUCUCCAGUAAAUAUACAACACAAAAAACACCCUUUCAAUUCCAAGUAAUUCAACUUGCGAACACACACACACACACACACACACACACACACACACACACACACACACACACACACACACACACACACACACACACACACACACACACACACACACACACACACACACACACACACACGCACGCACACGCACACUGUUUCUUUCCCUGUAAUAUAAAAAAUACAAUUCUAUGGUUUUAAAAUAUGGGACAUUAACACUGUAAAAUCACUGCAAACAUAUUGCAAACAAUCUACACAGACAAGCCCAUUUCUCUGUAUGUUAUUGAUGUUGAGAUUUUUUUUUCUAAACUGACAGCAGCACAGCUUUGAUUUUAGCACAAGAUGAAUGGUUAUAAUAGCCUAUGUACUGUAUUUAUGAACUAUAGGUAUAGCAAGAAAUGUGUGGUUUUUGUUACUACAUAACAUCAAAGAAAACAAGGCCAUAACACCUAUAAAUCUGCCCAUCUCAAUCUAUCCAAAGCCAUUCCUUUGUAUGUUUACUACACAGGAAAUACUGUGGUACAUGAGGAACUGUGGUACAUGUACAAGUUGUUUUUUCAAGAAUAAAUUAACACUAAUCUUGUUUAGCUGAUGUAUGGAUGCAGUUCAUUUGGUUCGAGACCGCAGAAAGAAUAUAUUGAAUGUAUAUCUAUAGAAAAAGUUACAAAUGUAAAGAAUGAACUGAUCAAUAAAACUCCCCUCUUUAUGUUGUCAAA